AUGGUACAAGAGAAAGCAACAACAUUAGAGUUGCUACUGCUGAAAGUCAAUGUGUCAAGUCUCAUGUACCAGCGAGUGGAAGAGGAGGGUCUCCAGUUUGACUCGGUGUGCGGGGUUCCGUACACAGCCCUGCCUAUAGCCACGAUUAUCUGCUCCGGGCAUGAACUGCCCAUGCUCAUCAGACGAAAGGAGGCCAAGGACUAUGGGACCAAGCGUAUGGUGGAGGGGUUGUAUCGUGAGGGGGACACAUGUCUGAUCAUCGAGGACACCGUGACCAGCGGCAGCAGCAUCUUGGAGACUUCUGAAGUCCUCAACAAAGAGGGGCUUAAGGUGACAGAUGCCAUCGUCCUCGUGGACAGAGAGCAAGGUGCUGCGGCGAUGUUGGCGUCUCGGGGAAUCCGCCUCUAUCCCAUCAUCUCCAUGUCCAAGCUGCUCAACGUGCUGCUGGCAGCCGAACGCAUCGACACCCAAACUGCUCAGAGUGUCCGCAAGUUUAUCAUGGAAAACACUUUCAGGCCCAAGGAAGAGAACGGCAAUGGCGUUCCUGCCACGAAGAAGCCGUGUGUGGAGAACCUGGAGCUGAGCUAUGCAGACAGAGCCAAACUGCCAAACAUUCACCCUCAGGCAUCAAAGCUGCUGAAGCUCAUGGAGGAGAAACGGUCAAACCUCUGCGUGUCGGCGGACGUCACCAGCAGCGAGGAGCUUCUCCAGCUGGCCGACUCUGUGGGUCCCAAGAUCUGCGUGCUGAAGACGCAUGUCGACAUCCUUGAGGACUUCACGGCGGACUUCAGCCAGAAACUGCAGGAAUUGGCCCAGAAACACAACUUUCUGAUCUUUGAAGACCGCAAAUUUGCCGACAUUGGAAACACAGUCAAGCAUCAGUACCAAGGUGGUUUGUACCAGAUUUCGUCUUGGUCCCACAUUGUGAAUGCUCAUGCGGUGCCGGGGCCCGGUGUGGUGAAGGGUCUGAGUGCUGUAGGAAAGAGUCUGGGCCGAGGCUGUUUGCUUAUAGCGCAGAUGAGCUCCCAGGGAUCACUGGCCACUGGCGAAUACACAAAGGCUGUGCUGAAGAUGGCAGAGGAGCAGUCAGACUUUGUGAUCGGCUUCAUCUGUGGCUCCAAGCUCAGCAACAGGCCGGAGUUCAUCCACAUGACCCCCGGGGUGCAGAUGCAGGCUGGAGGUGACGUGUUGGGCCAACAGUACACCACCCCAGAGGAAGUAAUCCACAGCAAAGCCUCUGACAUCAUCAUCGUGGGACGGGGUGUCCUGGAGGCUCCCGAUUGGCUGAAAGCUGCUGAGUCGUACAGAAAGACGGGUUGGGAUGCUUACACAAAGCGACUGGGUCAGAGCGGCCAAUAGGAGCUCAGAAGUAGUGUCUUCAUUGUUACGUCCCAUGUCAAACUUAAAUUACAAUUCUAAUAAUCAGCUGUGCAGAUGACCUGGGAGUAUUUAUUUUGCAUAGUCCACAUAGAUCCGGGUGCACAUGAUUGUAUCCAUAGAAACAUGGAAACAUACAAUUUCAAUGCAAAAUAACCUGUUCGUUCACAAGCAGACUGUUUGCAGGUCAUACCUUGUAGACGUUCGGGAUCAGACGAGUUACUGUUAAUUAGGCUGUUUUUCCGUUCUGUCCUUUAAAUAAGCUGCUUUAAACGUUUUCCUGAUUCCCUCCAAUUCAUCCACUGCAAAACCCAACCUGACACCUGAUCAGCUGAGAGAACAUCUCACCAGGUUUAAUCCACAUUCAGUUAAAUGCUUCAAAUUGAGGACAGAAUGUGUGUAACAUAGAAGAGUCUGUUUUAAUUGCUAUUUAUCUUAAAUGCACCAAAAUAUCAAUCCAGGUGUCUUUCCCUUGACAAAGAUCCCCAAUUCCAGUGAUGCUUUUCUUUAUCUUUUGCACACAAUUCCUGUAUAUGCUUUGUGUGGAAUUGCUUAAAUACUACACCAAAUAUUGUUGUACAAAUAAGGGUGUGGAUGGGAACUCCUAGUUAACGGUUGUACUAUAUUUCCGUUGAAAUUUGGGGCUUUGGUUUUUAUAGCUCACUAUCCAGCAUCUUUUGUACAUGGAGUUGCUGAAGCUGUAUUUUCCACAUCACUGUUCAUAAGAACCAUUUGCUUCAUAUGAUUUCAGCCUUUUCCAUCAGUCUUGAUUCUGUGUGAUCAGUUUCUUCCCUCUGAUUACUGUGAGUCACAAAUCAAGAGAAAGCUGCAACUGAUACAAUUAACUCCACUGCCGUCCAUGCUGCUUAACAACAGAAGUGUAGUUGAGGCAAUAAUUUAUUUCUAAAGUGACUCACAGAUCACUGAGUUCACAGAACAUAAUUUUAGAAGAAGUUGCCCACUGGUUAUUUACUCUCUCCAAAAAAGACAAGUUGAUAAACAAGAAAGAACUGCCUUCAGUUUGACUCCUCCCUUUCAAAGACUUUGCCAACUGAGAUCUGGGGCCGCCACAGUUGUGAAUUUGAAACUAAUGGGAAUGCAGUGAAAACUGUUUGUGGUACUCUGCUUCAUUUAAUGGUUAUAUAUGAAGUGUUCUCUCUUACAGGCUUGCAGUUUUGGGUUUUCAUGCCACUAAGUCUCUUAAAAGAAGAUGCAGUGUCUUUUUUGUAAAAUGAACUCAAUAAAAGUUAUUGUUUCAA